GUUCAGCAGGUCCAGUCACGCGUGAUUUGGAUGUCGCCAGCCUUUUCCUACCCGCUCAGUAAAUGCUGUUUAUUACUAGCUGCGGACUUCAGCCUGAACUAUAUCUCUGUGUAACGAGCAGAAAUGUCUGACAAAGUGCUCCGCCGCUUCAUUGAGGAUGUGUGACAGACGGCGUCCCUCAGUAGCCACCUAGCUCAGCGCUAACCAGCCAUUAGCGAGCUUUAGCCGCACGGUGUCUGUUAGCUCGCUGGUCUGCGGUGUCACUAUGCGAGGCUGUGAACGGCCAGGCUGUGUCUAUAUGUAUAUAUACAUAUAUAUAUGAUAUGUGCUACACUGUACGCUGUAUGUGUAGCUGUACGUCCUCCUAGUGCAGCCUGUGCUGUUCUUUACUGUGGCAGGUGUGUUUCUCAAUCACCUUGAGCUCGCCGCUCCUAGAGCUCCUCACCUUCAGCUUAAAGAGCUCCACACUUUGGACUCUCACGGCGAGAACAAAGACCAGCUGGACUCCUGCACAUCUAGCAGUGACCCCCUUCAGAGCUGUGUGUCGCCCCUGUCUUCCCUGCCCCCACAGCCCGCUGAGAGCAUGUCCAGACAGCAUAUCAGCACCAGUGGCUUUUCAGACCAGCUGUUCUGACCUCACGUUUUGGCCCAGUAUUUGGGGAUUUUCUGAUCAGCAGCUCAGGUGGUUCUGGGCUUAAAGCAACAGAAAUAUUUCAGACCACUUUUCCAGGAGUUUGCCAGACACCAGCAACAUAAAAAGCAUGAAGAUGGUGAUAAACAAGUGGUUUUGAAUACGCAGCGCGAUUUGUGUGAUUUCUCAUUUUCCUCCCACUGUUACAGAUUUUGAACAUCACUGGGACGUGUGAGGGAAGCCGCUGGCAUGAGUGACACUCUGGAGUUUAAUGAUAUUUAUCAAGAGGUCAAGGGUUCCUGGAAUGAUGGACGUCUGCGAUUCAGUAAGCAGACAGUGGUGUACAAAAGCAGUAAAACAGGGAAGGUGGACAGCAUCUCUGUCCCAGAGCUCAGUCAGGCCCUCUGGAGGAGAGUCUGCUUGGGUCAUGGCAUCAAGCUCUGCACCACCACUGGACACGUCUAUAAAUACGAUGGCUUCAAGGACACGGACUUUGAGAAAAUCUCAGAAUACUUCAAAGCCAAUUACAAAGUGGAGCUGACUGAGAAGGACAUGUGUGUGAAAGGCUGGAACUGGGGCACUGCUAAAUUCAAUGGCCCCCUGCUGUCAUUUGAGGUGAGCGACAGCCCUGUGUUUGAGAUUCCGCUCGCCAGUGUUUCCCAGUGCGCAACUGGAAAAAACGAGGUCACUCUUGAGUUUCAUCAGAAUGAUGACACAGAGGUGUCACUCAUGGAAGUGCGGUUUUAUGUCCCACCCACUACAGGAGAUGAAGGGGCUGACCCUGUGGAGGCAUUUGCUCAGAACGUUCUUUCUAAGGCUGACGUGAUCCAGGCUACAGGAGACGCUGUGUGCAUCUUCAGAGAGCUGCAGUGUCUUACACCCAGGGGCAGGUAUGAUAUCCGUAUUUACCCCACCUUCCUGCAUCUGCAUGGUAAGACGUUUGACUAUAAGAUCCCUUACACCACGGUCCUGCGGCUCUUCCUGCUCCCCCAUAAAGAUCAGAGACAGAUGUUCUUUGUGAUCAGUUUGGAUCCUCCCAUUAAACAAGGUCAAACCCGCUACCACUUUCUCAUCCUGCUCUUUUCAAAGGAAGAGGACAUCAACCUCACCCUCAACAUGAGCGAGGAGGAGGUGGAAAGGCGCUUUGAGGGAAAGCUGAACAAGAACAUGUCUGGCUCACUCUAUGAGAUGGUCAGCAGGGUUAUGAAGGCUCUGGUCAACAGGAAGAUCACAGUACCUGGAAACUUCCAGGGUCACUCUGGAGCUCAGUGUAUUACAUGCUCAUAUAAGGCCAGCUCAGGGCUGCUGUAUCCUCUGGAGAGAGGCUUCAUCUAUGUUCACAAGCCUCCAGUCCACUUGCGCUUUGAGGAGAUCUCCUGCGUGAACUUUGCCAGAGGCACCACCACCACACGCUCCUUUGACUUUGAAAUUGAGACCAAACAGGGUAACCAGUACACUUUCAGCAGCAUAGAGAGAGAAGAGUAUGGGAAGCUGUUUGAUUUUGUCAAUGCUAAAAAGCUCAGCAUCAAAAACAGAGGCUUCAAAGAGGGCAUGAAGGCCAGCGACGACAUGUACAGUGACUCAGAUGACGACCAGCAUGAUGCCUACCUAGAGCGCAUGAAACAGGAGGGAAAGAUCCGAGAGGAGGCCAACGACAGCGACGACUCGGAGGCUGGCAGCGAUGAAUCAUUUAACCCUGGAGAGGAAGAUGAGGACAUUGCAGAAGAGUAUGACAGCAAGGCCUCGGCCAGCGAGAGUAGCGGUGAUGAUGCAGAGAGUGAGGAAGAAAAGAAGAAGAAGCCGCCUAAGAAGGCCAAAAUAGUGAAAGAGAAGAAAACACGCAAGAAAGAGAAGAAGAUGAAGGACAGUAGCGCCCCCAAGAGGCCAAUGAGCGCGUACAUGCUUUGGCUGAACUCUAGUAGAGAGCGCAUUAAGGCAGAAAACCCUGGAAUCUCUGUAACGGAGAUUUCAAAGAAGGCAGGAGAGAUGUGGAAGCAACUGAGCAAAGACAAGAAGGAGGAAUGGGAAGGGAAAGCAGAGGAGGCUAAGAAGGAGUAUGAGAGAGCAAUGAAGGAAUACAGAGAGGGUGGUGGAGGCACAUCAGGAUCCUCAAAGAAGGAGAAGAAGAAGGGAGGGAAGAGUGAGAAGAAAAAGAAGAAGAAGUCCAGCGCAGUGAGGGAGAGAGAGAAGGAAAGGCCAGCUGGGAACGACAGCUUUAAGAGUCGAGAGUUCAUCUCCAGUGAAGAGAGUUCAUCUGAAUCUGACCGGGGCAAAGGACGCAAACGCAAAGGCUCAGAUGUUGAGGAGGAGGCAGUGAGCACUCCACCCAGCUCAGAGGAGUCGGGUUCAGACUGAGAGAAACCUGACAGAACAGACAGAGCGUGAGAGAGAACCAGCAUAAUGAGUCAUUCUUUAUUAUUCUUUUCAUGUGACGUUCUGUAUCCACACUUUUACCUGCUUUUUUCAGCCUCUCAAUCAGUUUAUUUUAUCCAAUUUAUUUGUAUAUGAUUUGGAUAUGAUCCUUUGCCACAUUACAUAAUUCAAGCUAAAUGAUUUUAACAUUGAUUCUACAGUUUCUGUCAUGCAAAGAUGAUUUGUGUAAAUAUCUCUUGUAGGUUUCAUAGAAUGUGUAUCUGAUGUAUCUAAUGUCAAAUCACAAUCAUAGUGCUUUUCAUGUUAAUUCAUACCAAAGCAUUUUACUAACAGCCCGAACGCACUUUUACAUCAUUGUUGAUGACUGACAUUGAACAUUUCAGUGUUCAAUCGCUGUAAAAAAACAAUGCGUAUUUAAUACAACAGUUUUCAUCAGUGCUAUCAUCAAGCCACAGUCAGGUAUUACUGGCUAUUUAAUAUUAUCUGGUACAGGCCUUUUAUGGAUGGUUGGUAAUGCUAUGUUUAGUCCAAGCCAGCGUGUUACAAUUGCUUAUCCUAGUACACUACACUUCCCUGCAGUCUCUGGGUAGUAGACUCUGAGAAUAAAAGUACACUUGCCAUUAACGUC